GGUCGUUGGGAGCUGGAAGGAGCCGGUUUCUUGCGACUCUGGGGUCUCUUGUCCUGCAGGCUUGGGCGGGAGGUGGGCAAGAGCCGGGGUCCCAGUGCCAAGAUGUACACUGGUCAGAUGCCCAAGUCGAAGAAAGACUGAACUGCUUGCUGCUGUGUGUACUAGGGAUAAGGAUGAGAGAGGAGGCCCUGACCUCAAGGGCCUGCAAAGGGAGGCCGACUUCUGAAUAAAGAAUUAGAAUCUCUGGGAGACCUCCAAGAGGAAGCUUCAAGCAGAAUCUUCAUAAGAGAGUUGGGGAAGUGCGCUACCAUAUCUGGGAACAUCGGUCUACACUGUGAAACGCAAAAGGAAGUACAGACAUUGAAAGACCCUCGGAACCUGGAGGAUGAACUCUUCCAAGGGUGCUGGAGCAGCAGCUUCUGAUGAGAAGCCAGGUAGGAUCGCCUCACUCUCACUCUUGUUUCAGAAAAGCUUUGCUCAGAUCUUGCCCCAGUGGAAAAAGGGGAAUACAGAAGGUGAAUGUCUCCCCCACAAGUGCUCAGGAAUUGACACUCUCAAUGAAAACUAUAGUUGGCAAAUUUCCGUUACUGACAAUGACUUCAAAAUAUUUAAAAAUCAUGAGAGUCAGCUGUGUGAAAUCCUCCAGGAUAAGUUUGAUUGUAUCUCUACUGUGGUCUCUCCAGCCCUGGAAGGUCACAUCAAGUCUCUGCAAGUCUUCCGAAAAAUGCUGACUUCUCAGGUAGCACUAUCGGUCUGGAAGGAUGACCUCACCAGACAUGUUGUUGAUGCUGUGGUGAAUGCAGCCAAUGAACACCUCCAACAUAUGGGAGGCCUGGCCCUGGCCCUGGUGAAAGCUGGUGGCCCUGAAAUCGAAGAGGAUAGCAGACGCUUUAUUGGCAGAUAUGGUAAAGUACCAACUAGUAGGAUAGCCAUCACGAGAGCAGGCAGGCUUCCCUGCAAAGAGAUCAUCCAUGCUGUUGGGCCUCAGUGGAUAGCGAGGGAUGGACAGAGAUGUGUUGAAGAGUUGAAAAUGGCCAUUAUAAAUAUUCUAGAGUAUGUCAACUGUACAAACCUGGACAUUAAGGCAGUCGCAAUUCCAGCCCUAAGCUCUGGGAUCUUCCAGUUUCCUCUGGAUUUGUGUACACGGAUCAUUGUGAGCACUAUCAAGUUAUACUUCAUAAAGAAGCAGGUGGUUGGUAAUUUGAAAGAAAUUCACCUGGUGAGCAAUGAGGACCCUACUGUUGCUGCCUUUAAAACUGCUUCAGAAAACAUCCUCGGGAGGAACCAGCUGGAAUCCUUGGCUUUCAGUGCUGAAAUGGCAGAGAAUAAGUCCAUGUUACCAAGUCACAACAGUUUCAGCGUCUCCCAGUGGACUAGAGAGGAGAAAAGAGAAAAUGGGCUCAAAGCUAAUUCUCCUGCCAUCAAUCUGAUGGGAUCCAACAUGGAAAAGAUGAGGGAGGCGGAAGCAUGGAUCCACAGGCUGCUGAAACUCCAGGGGCACCACGUCAUUGAGAAUAAUCACAUCUUCUACCUUGGGACAAAGGAACAUGACAUUUUGUCUCGGCUUCAGAAAACCUCAAGUGUCUCCAUCUCAGAGAUUAUCGAUUCAGGAAAGGCAAAGUUAGAGAUUAAAGGAGCCCGAGCUGACCUCAUUGAGGUGGUUAUGAAGAUUGAACAUGUGCUGUGUGACAUUCAGGAGGAAAUGGCAAAAAGAAGGGAGCAAGAUCUUUGGAGCUUAUUAGGACAAUGGACUGGUCAGCAACCAAAAAAGCAGGAUGAAAUGAAAGGAAAUAGCAAUCGUGUGAAAUUUCCUGUAAUGUUUUCAACUCAAGCACUUCAGGAUAAAAAGAAACAGUUUGAAAAGUGUGGUUUUCAGGUUAUAAAGGUAGAGAAGAUAAACAAUGAGGUUCUGAAUACUGUCUUCCAAGCAAAGAAGAAAAUGAUGGCAGGGAGGUCACGUAAUGUACUUGUGAGCCACGGAUUGUUUCAUCGAGUCCCACACCAGUUCUGCAAUAUGGUCUGCAGAGUUGGCUUUCAAAGAAUGUACCAAAUGCCCUGCGAGUCAAGAUAUGGAGCUGGCAUAUACUUCACCAAGAACCUCAAAAACCUAGCAGACCAGAUCAGGAAAACCCCUGCCACUGAUAAGCUGAUCUAUGUGUUUGAGGCUGACGUUCUAACAGGGUCCUUCUGCCAGAGUUGUCAGUUAAAUAUUGUCCCCCCACCAUUGAGUCCUGGAGCCAUAGAUGGCUAUGACAGUGUGGUUGACAAUGUUUCCAGCCCUGAAACCUUUGUUAUUUUUAGUAGCACCCAAGCUGUGCCCCAGUACCUGUGGACUUGCAGCCAGGAUGAAGUAUGGUCACGGGAUUACUCAUCAGGACAGAUGAUGCUUUCCUCACAGUCAUAUUGGGGGUGAUCCUCAAGAGGCAGCUCUGAUUAUUAACCUCCACAUAAUUGUAACAACUGGAAUGGCUUUGCUUUAGGGAAACUAAUCAAAUGAUUAACUAACCACCAGUGAUUCAAAGAGUGGUUUGAAUAUGCCAAAUGUGUUAUCUGAUUGGGUUAUUGAAGUUACACGCCACAUACUAGCAUCUUAGUGCCUUCAUCUUUGCGUUCGUCUCUUGGGGUUGAGAUGGGACCAACUAAAGCACUCUCAGGACCAUUUCCUUUACUACAGGCAAGAGAAAAAAAGUUUUCCAUGUAAUGAGAUUUUUCUAAUACAUAAUCCAAGCUUUAUAUUUUUCCAAAUGAUGAUAGUACAACAUAUUAGGUCAGCAGGAUGAUUUUAGAUUUUCCAGAGACUCUUAUGAAGUGUUUUAAAUAUCAAAAUAAAUCACCUUUGUGAUGGAAAAUUUGACAACGAUUAUGGGUGAUGGUUGUACAACAUGAUUGUCAUGGAUUGAAUUGUGUCCCCCCAAAAAUGUGGGUAGCAAC